AUGUUCAAAAGAGACCGAAGCCAAUUUGAGUACAAAGUUUCGGAAGCCAAUCAUCACGAGCAUGACGAGAGUGAUGAUGAUGAGCAUACUCUCAUAUCAUCCACACUUGAAGAAAACAUUAGAAAUCAUGCCUCUAAAGAAUUGAAAAGAAUUAAAUUUCUUUCUCCACCUUCUCAUCCGACCAUGAGUAGUAUCAUUCAGGAUGAUCUCAGCAAGUUAUCUUCGGAAUCAUCGUUAUUCAAUGGAAUUCAUUAUGAAAUUCCUUCUCUAGAUACAGACUUUAUUACUUGCAUUGGCUCAAAAGGAGGUGAUAUGUGUUAUUUGACUUUUUUGGAUGAUGAAAAAGAAGAAACACGUGUAGCAACUAGUUCCCGAGAAGCAAUCUUUGCCAAAAUACCAGCCAACAGAAUCUUGAAAAAACCAAUGAGUGAAUUAUUGGAAGAUGUACAGCGACUUAGAUAUGAAGAAGAGAUCAAGAAAAAGGCAAGAGCUCAGACGAAUGCAUCCUCCCGUCACGCUGUUGAUGCUGCAGAUAUGAUGAAUGAUGUUCAAUUUUCAAGCAAUGCAAAACAAAAGUAUGAGCUACUUGUUGACAAGUAUGCUCCAACCUCGUAUUUGGAUUUACUAACAGAUGAUAAAACCAAUGCUGAGGUAUUGAAAUGGAUCAAGGAAUGGGAUCCCAUAGUAUUUCCAGAAACAGCCAAGACGAAAAAAAUCAAACCAACAACACAAGAAAAGCCAAAGAAUCCAUUAAUGACAGUUUUUGGUUCAGUGAGCUCCCAAAAGUCGGCAAAGGAUGAGAAGAACACUUCCAACAAGUUUAAUAACAGUUCAAAAUCCUCAAACAAUGCAACCAAGGGACCAGAUCACCGUAUUUUGCUCAUUUCAGGCCCUCCUGGUAUUGGUAAAACAACUCUAGCGCAUAUUUGUGCCAAGCAAGCAGGAUAUGAACCACAUGAAGUGAAUGCAUCUGAUGAUCGUUCUAAGGACAAACUCAUUCCAGAAAUUCAAAAAGUGACCCAAAUGCAAACAGUUUUUGGUAGCAAAAAACCCAAACUCUUAAUAUUAGAUGAAAUUGAUGGAGUUCAAAACUCUGAAAACAAGUCUGUCAUUUCAGAAAUUCUGAACAUGACCUAUCCUAAAAACAAAUCAUCGUCUCAAAAAGACAAUAAUGAAAGUUCGAGCAAAACUAAAAAGACUAAAUCAGGAGUGAAGCUAGAUAAGAAGACCAAAAAGAAGAAGGAUCAAGGCAUCAUGAGACCUAUUAUUUGCAUUUGUAAUGACCAUUAUUCUCCUGGCCUUAAAGAAUUGAGACAAAAAAGCAAGUUAAUUAUUUUCAGAAGAGAUGACUACAGAACUGAUAACACACAACGAAUUGUAGAUCGACUUGGUAUAAUCUUACGAAAAGAGAGUCAUCCUUUAGCCAACGUGGGUAAACACGAAUUGACACAAUUUGUAAAGGACUCUGACAAUGAUAUUCGUUCAUGUCUCAACACUAUUCAAUUUAUGGGUUUUCAUGGAUCCAAUUCUAUGAAAGAGUUAAUGACCAUUUCGAAAGAUGUCAAAUCGGAUAUUUUCGAUGCCAUGAAUCUCGUCUUUAAAACCAAGAAGAUUGACAAAUCCUUAAUUUCCAAAUAUCAGGAAAACCGCAUUUCACUAUUUAAUUCGUUUUUAAGCGAAUUGGACAAGUUUGAUUCUAUUGCGAAUGGAUGUUUUGAAAAUUAUUUAUCAUUCUGCUCUGGAAGUUCUAUGAAUGACAUUGCAGACUCUCUUUCAUUCCUUCAAUGGUCUGACAUGAUUGACGUUGCUUCCAAUCGAUAUCAAGAACGAUCCCUUCAAGUCUACAGAGCUGCUUCACUUGUGAAAUUCUUUGUUGCUUGUAAAAAGUCUGGAUUUGACACUAGCAAUGACUUUAUUCAAUAUCCAAAACAGCAAGGAGAUGCCAAACGAUCCUUCAACCACAAACACAACGUUCUCAAAUCUCUCUUUUUGAAUUGUUUUACUCAUGAAUUUGUAAAGGCCAAUAAGAACGAUAGAGACUCACAGACUAGUGGAAACUUGUUGACAACAUCCUCAGUCAAAGACAUGGCCACUGAUCUCGUACCAUAUUUGUAUCAAAUUCUCGAUACCAAAUGUUUGUCAGGACUCAAUACUGGAGCUGCUCUCUCAUCUUUGGCUCAUUCUGGAAUGAAAGGCCUCAAACAAAUGAUCAAGAGCGAUCAAGAACGUCAAUCGUUUGAAGCAAUUUUGGAUAUUUGUUUAUCGUACGGUAUUGGAGUGAAGCAGACCUAUGUGAAUGAAAAAUAUGAAAGCACAUUGGAUCCUCCCUUAGAUGAAAUUGCAUUCUAUCCUUUGAAAUCAUCACAGAGUGGUAUGGAUGUGAAUGCCAAGGGUCUUGUCACUCCUUCCAAAGUGAACAAGACGGACAUUGCAUCCUACUUUAAAAAGCCAUCAUCAUCUAGCAGCAGCAAUAGUAGUAACAGUAGUAACAGUAGUAACAAACAAGUAGAGAAUGGUACAAGCAAUGUAUUGUCUGACCAUUUUAAAAAGAUUCUCUCGUCAGCUCUACACUUUGAAAAAUUGGAUAGAAAGUACGGAAAGAAAGAUCAAAAGGAGGCUCCUCAAAAAGCAUCCUCAAAUGAUCUUAAUUCUCUGUAUGCACAAUCUCCAAAACAUACAAGUGCACAGACAGUCAUGGAAUAUAAAAAGAGAAGAAGAUCACAACUGAAAGGAACAAUUUCCAUGUAUUUGGAAUUUCAUGAUGGAAUGACAAAUUCCAUUCGAAGACCUGCCAAGACUAGUGAGUUUUUGUAG